AUGGCAUCAAGUCUUCUUCUCAUUGUGGUCCUCUGUUUGACCAGUGGACUGUGGAUUGGAGCAAAUGCAUCAUGUGAAGAUCACUGCUGCAAAAGUUGCCCUCCUGGUUGGGCUCACUUUGGCAAACGGUGUUUGCAGUUCCACCACACUGAAAAGACCUGGUCUCACGCCGAGCAUUUCUGCACCACUAUUGGUGGAAAUCUGGCAUCCAUCCACACCAAAGCUGAUUACGAGUACCUCAGAAAUAUGAUUUUCAGACUGACUGGUGCACAUACAACCACUUGGCUUGGAGGCUACGAUGCAUCAGGCGAAGGCGUGUGGCUGAAUAGUGAUGGUUCACCAUUUACCUUCAAAGACUGGGGCACAGGGGAGCCCAACAACAGUGGUGGAAAAGAACACUGCAUGGAGAUUAACUUUGAAGGAAAGAGUGUUGUCAACGACAUUAGUUGCGAUCACAAGAGUUCUUUUGUCUGCGCCAGACAUGUAUAAUCACUCCACCACUCCACUUCGCCAUGGUGGGGUCACAUCCCCACUGACGAUGUCACUUGA